UGGCCAGAUACCGGAUGAGCUGGUGAGGCUGUGCUGCGGCCGAGCAGGAGUGCAGUCAGCCGCCCACCACUGCGGGGCCCUGCCAAUGUGGGGCGGCCCCCUGACACCCGGGGACUGGCAGCUCUGGGAAUCCCAAGUCUUGGGGUCCCCACAGUGGGAUGGGCAGGAAGCUGGUUUUUCUCACGGGAAGCUUUCAGGAGGAGGCAAGUGUCCGAGAGCUGCUGGUGUGCCGGGCAUGGCCGGGAGCCGUAGUGGGUGAGCACAGGUCCACUCUUGGUCAGGCGGCGGCUCCUUUGCCUGGGGAUCAGGGUGGAUGGUGCCCGGCUCUGACCCCAGCGUCUGGAGCAACUAAUUGUCCAGUGUUCGGGCCACGUGGGCCACAUGUGCGGACACAGAGGUGAUUCAGAGUGUUCUGGCAGCCACAGCAAAGGAAAGUGAAAGCAGGUGCAGUUAAUUUCAGGAAUACAGUUAACUCCACCCGGCAUGUCCCAGGUAUCGCCCUCUGUACACGCAGUCAGCGGGGGAGGAGGUGUUCUAUGUUGUUGUUGGUAGGAGCUCUCACACUUGGAGCCGGCCUCCCCUGUGCCGGCUCUGGGCAUGCUUCAGGCCCACGUGGGCCAGUACCCGCCGUAGAUAACACUGGCCUCGAGUGGGCUGGCCAGUCUCACCUCUGCUUCUUGGGCAUCUUUGCAGGGAAGGCUCCAGGUGCCACCGCCAGGCUAGAUUCUCCCCGAAGCCCAUUGCCCUCUGCUCCCAGCCUGGUGUCAUGGCCAAGCCCACGGGUCACGGCCCAAGCCCAUGAGGUGGCCUCUCCGCAGGGGUGAAGAACACAGCAACCACAGCCCCCGCCCCACCCGGCCCCUGGCCGGGCCACAGGCACAGGCCUCUCCUCAGAUCCCACACUCGGGAACCUGAUCCCCCUGGAGGAGCCGACAUCAAAGCCGCGGCUGUUUGAUGUCCAAGGCCUCUGAGGGCGGCAGGGAGCGUCUGGAGCAGCCGUGUGAGGCCAGCCCAGUCUGCGUGUACAUGAGGGGUGAGGUGACUGGCAGGGCUGCCCUGCAGAGCACAACACUGCAGUCGCUGGGCAUCACCGGGGGCAGUGCCAUCAUCAGGUUUGCCAUGAAGCGAUGUGACUCUGCCGGCAAGCAGGAGCCUGGGCCCUCCUGGAGCAAAAGCCCGGGAAGCCUGAUGCCAUCCACGGCGGCCGAGCCGGCCGCCAGCGGCCCUCGGCUUCCUUUGAACUCAGCGGGGCUCAGCCGGGGCGAUGUGAGCCGUCAGGACGAGACAGCCAGCCUGGGGGCCGGCCUCGCAGACGCUCAGACAGAGCAGAUCCUGAAGGAGCCCUCGCCUGCCCCUUUUGUUCCUUUCUCGGGUGGAGGACAGCGGCUGGGGGGCCCCUCCGGGUCCGCGAGGCCUCUGACGUCAUCUUCAGCCAAAUUGCCAAAGUCCUUCUCCAGCCCUGCGGGCCCCUCCAAGCCGAAGAAGUCGAGGCCUGGCCAGGAGCCCCAGCCGGAGCCGGAGCCGGAGCCGGAGCCGCCAGUGGACCGAGACCCCGUGGUGUGCCACCCCGACCUGGAAGUGCUGCUCCAGGCCUGGCCCUCGGAGCUGCCUGACGAGUUCUUCGAGGUGACCGUGGACGACGUCAGGAGACGCUUGGCCCAGCUCAAGAGCGAGCGGAAGCGCCUGGAAGAAGCCCCCUUGGUGACCAGGGCCUUCAGGGAGGCUCAGAUGAAGGAGAAGCUGCAGCGCUACCCCAAGGUGGUCCUGAGGGUCCUGUUUCCUGACCGCCAUAUCCUGCAGGGCUGCUUCCGCCCCAGCGAGACCGUGGGGGACUUGCGGGACUUCGUGAGGAGCCACCUGGGUGACCCCGAGCUGCCGUUCCACCUGUUCAUUGCUCCUCCGAAAACCAUCCUGGACGACCACAUGCUGACCUUGUUUCAGGCUGACCUCUUCCCUGCUGCCCUCGUGCACUUCGGACCCGAGGAGCCGACAGGCACCUACCUGGAACCCAGGCUGCUGGAACACACCAUCUCCCCGUCUGCAGCUGACGCGCUGGUGGCCAGGUGCAUGUCCAGGACAGCCGGGACCCCGCCGCCACCACCGCCACCGCCAGCCUCCGACCCUGUGCCCUCGGAGUCAGAGCCGACUGCUGAGGAAGGGGCUGUGGAGCCCCCCGAGCCCGGCCCCCGGAUGGCCCAGCCUGCGAGGAGGGGUCUGGGCAAGCCGGCAAGAGGUGAGCGCCGCCGGCCCAGAAGUGCCCAGUCUGCCGGCCACAGGACCCCUGCCCACCCUGAGCGGGAAUAAAGUUGCGAGCUUCUCUCGA